AUGGCUGCUCGCAAAGAGAAAUUACCCCAGGGAGGUACCGGUCGCUCAGCGACCGGAGAAUCCUCCUCCACCGCACCGGAUUUGCCGGGGGUGGACUGUCCCACGUAUUCUGGGGGGGACACGACCAGCUAUGACGAAAUGUGCAGGCGGGAGAUGACGCGCAGGGUCGAGAUCCUGGAAGAGCUGGAGGCUCUCGAAGCUCUCGACAGGGAGGCGCAUAUGGACUCCGAACGGACAGGGUCAUCGCUGUCCAUAAGAUCGGAGGACAGCCUUGGGCCGGCGAGAGGGAGUACCUCGCCGCCCAAGAAACACCGCAAACGGCGGAUUGUAGAGAGGCGCCGGGAGUUGGACUCCGACGACGACGAGGUAGACCUGGUGGAGGUUGCCUCGACCGGGUCCAGGUCGAGUCGGGCCAGGGGAGCCAAGAGAGGAGCGCGGACGGCCACGCCUGCAUCCCGGAUGGAGACAGGGGCUUCGGCGUCCGAAGCCGAGUCCUCCGGGUCUGCAGCUGCCGCUGCCCGCAAAGCGUCCGAGGAGGACAUCUUGUUAGGCUCCGAUGAGCUGGGAGCCAAGAUAGGGAGCAGUGCCCAACAGGUGCUCGCCGCUGUCAGGAAGUCGAGCAACCUGAAGGGCACAGUGAUUCGGGAGAUCAAGACCGCCGUGCAUUCCAUCUGCGCGGCCACGGAUAUCCUGAAGGCGAGGUCCGGGUCCUCCGACGAAGACUCCCUUAGGCGAGAGGUCCACAAGUUGCGCGCCGAACUUGAGGCCGUGCAGGAGGUGAAGAGGGCCAUGCUCAAGGAGGCCGUGGAGGAGCGGAAGAAAUUCCGCGAACUCCGCAUGGCGUCGCAGUCCUCCGCCGCAGUGGCCGAGGAACUAGCCCUGCUCAAGGCGGAGCGAGAGGGGUGGGAGCGGCAGACGCGGGAGAGCGUUCAGAAGCUUGAGGAGCUAAAGCAACUGAACGCUCUAGACCGUCGCGCCCUACAAAAGGCCCUCCAAGAGGUCGAGCGGCUAAAGACUGCAGCUGAACUUCCUGCAGUCGUAGUCGGCGGAAAGACGGCGACUGUGCCGGAAAGUGCCCCGCCCCGGGUUCUAAGAGAGGACGCCGAAGACCGGAUCAUCCGGCGAGUAGGCGAGAUGAUGGAGAGCCGUUUCGCCGAGAUGGAGGAACGAAUCUCGGCGAAACGAAGACGGCCAACAAAGGCCAAGAGUGCGCCUACUGCCGGAUCAUCCGGUACAGGGAACAUCAGGGCCCAGCAGACCCGGGACCCUAGUGGUGGACGCGUCCCACAGCCGUCGACAUCGACAGCAAACGCUGAGAGCUGGUCGACGGUUGUGCGACGCGGGAAGCGAAAAGGCGCUGGCGCAAGCCAGGCAGCUUCCGCCAAAACGCAGCCUGCGAAGGGGCCACGCGGCGGCCACACGGAGGAACCCCAGAGGUCCAAACGGAGGAGAAAGGUGAAAGUACGCCCCCCUCGGUCAUCGGCAGUGGUAUUGACCAUGACGCCGGGAGCCGAGGAGAGGGGCGUCACCUACAUGUCGGUGCUCACCGAGGCGAAGGCCAAAAUAUCUUUGGCGCCGCUCGGUAUCACCGACCUGAGGUUCAGAGUCGGACGGACCGGGGCCCGUAUCCUCGAGAUUCCCGGCACCAAUACAGGCGAGGCAGCGGACGCGUUGGCUGCCAAAAUUGAGGAGGUCCUACACGAGGACGUCCGGGUCACGAGACCAGUCAAGUCGGCUGAGCUGCGGAUCGUUGACCUGGACGACUCGGUGUCGGUAGCCGACGUCGUCGUCGCUGUCAUGCGCGAAGGGGAGUGCAGGGAAUCCGCGGUGAAAACCGGCGAGAUUAGGCGCAAUGCGCAGGGUACGGGUUCCAUCUGGGUGCGGUGUCCGGUAGCCGCCGCGAAGAAGUUGGUCGAGGCCGGCCGACUGAGAAUAGGGUGGAUGGUGGCGCGGGUGCAGUCCUUGGACCCGAGGCCGCAGCGGUGCUAUCGCUGCUUGCUCACAGGGCAUGUGGGCCUGCGAUGCACCGCCGAGCAAGAUAGCAGCGGAAUAUGUUUCCGCUGCAGCGAGCCCGGUGGCGGUGUGGUGUUCACCGGGAGUGGCUGCACUGAGCAGGGUCUAAUUCUGCCUAGUGCGCCCGCUCCAGGGGAAACCCUGGAGCAGUUUGUGGAGGCGCAAGCCUCCAUUGUACCCGCCCGACUUAGGUCGGGCGUGACCCCUUUGUUGUCGGGUUGA